UUAGACAUCAAUGGUGCAUGGUUUGGUAUUUGAGAACUCUGUGAUCUGUUUAUGGUGUUUAUUCUUAAUUUGCAAACAAAUAUUUGAAGUUGUCAUGGAGGGUUGAUAAUUUCGUUCAAAACCAUCAUCUGCUGAUUGGAUUUUGCCAGCCGCAGGUGGUGAACAGCAUCGGUCUCUGCACCUUAGCUCCUUUGUUCAUGUCUUCAUCUACAGAUGUGAAGGUAAGACUUGUUAAAUGUUUCAUAACUAUUUUGUGCUGCUUGCCUUCUAAUUGCUUUCACCGAUGGGUUUCUCUGAUUUAUAUCAACGUGAUAUUCGAAGAAAUAACUGAUCAAGCUCUCACGGACAGCCAUGGAUUUCAAGCUAUUUCGUCCCAGAUUUUGACGCAUUGCUUUCAGCAAAUGUUUGAAGGUUGCAGGAAAGAGAAAUCUUAGAUUCCAAGGUGCCGAUUGAAGUCUUUGACACUUAGUGCUCUUGAAGUCAUCACAUCAGAGGACAAAUUAUCUUGGUAUUUAAAGCUCAUGAUAUGCCAGUGGCCAUCCUAUUCGUCACUGUCUCCUGCUUUGUCUCCUUUCCACGGAAGUCCUGCGGCUGGGAUAGCUGAUUACCUCUUAGAAAAGGCAUGGCAGAAUGACCAUCUGGCUGGGGUAAAUGGGAGAGACUAUUCGUUAUUAUUGCAUGGCAGAAUAUAGCAGCAUACCAUGACAACUGUCCCAAAAUAGAUAAUAAUAAUAAGUCGCUUGAGAACUUGGUACCUAAACUUCAGAAGGAGCAGAGCUAGUCGAUAUGGACACAAAAUAUAGUUUCUUGACUGUAGCUGAUCUUUUAUUGAAGGGGUUGAUCAAUUUAAUCAUUCACACCUUAAUAACUUUAUGGCUGGAGACGCAUCAUGGCUGCAAUUAGUGGAGGUGGAUUGUGGUUUGUCCUAUAUCUUGUCUUCUUGAAUGGUUCUUCAUCAACAAUUUUCAUUUCUUUGGCCACACAGGAAGAUUGGAGCCAAUUUGUCCCACACAACUCUGCAUAAGUUUCCUAUGACUUGUGAAUAGGAAAAAGAUGCUCUCUAUUUGGCAAUUAAUGGGUAAUAGAUCUCAAAUUCUGCUGACAUAGUGUAUGAAAUUGUUGGCACUGCUAUAUGUAUUCAACAGUGAGAUCUUUGAAGAAUCUGCUCUGGAUUGCCAUGAUCAACAGUUAGUUGAGUAUAUACUUCUCCAAGAGUUUGCUACAGGGACUGGAGUUGAUAGACAGCAGACUUCUACUUGCUUCCUGACACAAACUCCACCAUUGUUUCCCUCUCCUCCUCUCGCCCUCUGUCCUCCCACAAAUGUGCUCUCACUCUCCUUCUGCAUGUACCAAUAUUCAAAUGGUUCAGUGGGCUCUUUAUUCUGUGCUAUCUGCUGCUGCUGCUUUCCUCCUUUUAACUUCACAAGAACCUAUUUGUUAUAUAUUCCAUCCUUAAUGUGUUACACCUCUGCCCACCAAUCUCCAAAAAAGGUAUUGGCCCAAUCCAUUUAUGUGCUCCUCUUUGAUUCUCCCAUCUACACAAAUCCUCCUCCCCCUCUUUCUUCUACUUGCCCCUCCGUUUCCUCUUUAUCUGUUGUCAUAAAGAAUGGAAGAUCCCUCCUACCUCAACUCUUUCGGUCAUUCAAUGAUCUGGAAGGAGCUGCUUGCUUUGGGGAGUUGGAGGGGGCUCUCUUUCAGGGAGUCGAUGGCAUGAGAGGAACUGAAGACACAAAAUCUUUUCUUGCGAGCAGACCCGCAACACUUGAGAUCUUCCCAUCGUGGCCAAUGAUACACCAGCAAACUCCCAGAGUUAACACACUCUCAGCGAGGAGCUUUGAUCCUGGCUCAGCUCAAAACUAUGGGUGUCAUAUGGGAUCAGACUCCCCAGACAACAGCAAGGACUCCUCAGGCGAGUUGGCUGACCGCAAGCAGCAGCAAGAGAUGAUGAUGUCAAGUACUGUUUCAAGGACAGGAGAAACACGGAAUCCUCAGCCUUCAUCCCAAGAAAAGAGAACGAUGACCGGUUCAACUACAGCGAAAGAUGGAAAGGUAAUUGAUGAUAAGGCACUGAGACGCCUGGCUCAAAAUCGAGAGGCAGCACGAAAGAGCCGACUGAGGAAAAAGGCUUACGUGCAACAACUAGAGUCCAGUAAAGUUAGGCUUCAACAGAUCGAGCAUGAUCUCGACAGAGCAAGAUCACAGGGUCUUUUCCUGGCAGCAGCCGGCAGUACUGGAGUCAUCAGUCCCGGCGCUGCGUUGUUCGACAUGGAGUAUGCCCGAUGGUUGGCUGAGAGAUGCAAGCUCAUGUCGGUCCUCCGAAAUGCAUUACAGGCUCACCCUCCUGAGGGUAAUCUUGGUGUCUUGGUGGAUGAGUGCAUCAGGCACUACGAUGAGCUCUUCCAGCUGAAAGCCACUGUUGCAAAAGCCGACGUCUUCCACCUCUUGAAUGGAACGUGGAAGACCCCGGCGGAGCGCUGCUUCCUGUGGAUGGGUGGGUUUAAGCCCUCUGAGCUACUCAACAUACUGAUUCCGAAGCUGGAUCCGUUGGAGCAACAGCGGGUGUGGAUCUGCAACCUGAAGCACUCGUCGGAGCAGGCGGAGGAGGCGCUCUCCCUGGGCCUCGGGCAUCUCCACCUUUCUUUGGCACAAAUAAUUGCCGGCAGGUCUCUCUGCGAUGGCAUCGGCGACGGAGAAUACAUGAACCUCAUGGCAGCCGCACUGGGAAAGCUUGUCGACUUCGAAGAAUUCGUCAGCCAGGCUGACAACUUGAGACGACAGACCUUGCACAAUUUGCGUCGACACUUAACCAUCAGACUAGCAGCAAGAUGUUUCCUGGCAAUCGGAGAGUACUACACCCGCCUUCGUGCUCUGAGCUCCAUAUUGACUUCUCGAUCUCCUCGAGAGAGCUUGAUUGCAGAUGAUACUGUUGUUCCUACAACAACAGACCUGCAAAUUGUUCAUCGACCACUGCAACAUCAUUUUUACAACUUCUGAGAUCAUACUGAGGAAGCAUGUCAUGCAUACUUGCCAUUUUGAGCUCAUGCACAUUGGAGUUUGAGAGAGAGAGAGAGAGAGAAAGGAGUAAUAUGUUGUAUUAUCAUUGAGAUCUUAUGCAUAAAGAGAUUAUACUUGAUCAAAGGCAAUAUAUAUCAUGGCUGUUGAACAAGACCAAAGGUUAGCAGCAGAAGAUGAGAAAAGUAAUUAAUGGCAAGAAAAGAUGUGCAAAUGUUGUAUGGAGAACCAAAUCAAUGUAUGGCCCUUUGCAACUUGACCUAACUUGGAAUAUUAAAAGAAAUUGAAGAUGCCAGCAUCAAGAUCCAAAACUUGCACUACAACACGACAAAUAUGAGAGUGCAUGGCUUUAUCAAAUGCUGCUUUCUGCAACAAGUUAUAUUGUAAGUGAUAUAUGUGAGAUCUGACUUGGUGUGGGACAAUUUGGAGUUAUAAUAAUUCUACUCCCUGAUGUUGUGGCCAUCACAGACAGCAACAGAACUCAGCUCAGCAUACAUAUUAUAUACACACAGCCAUAGACCUACUGAUAGACUGCAGCCACUCGAUGUGUUCUCUCUAUUGAAAUCUCACUAUAUUUUAUGUGAAUUGUAAAUAUAGUAUUGAUCAAUCAAGUUGAUAAAAGACUUACUGUUCA